CCGGCGAUGGCGCCGGGCGGCGCCCGGAGCUGCGCGGGAGGUUCCGGGCGGAGCGGGAGCUUCCGGGAGCGGCCGGGCUGAGGAGGAGGAGGAGGAUGAAGAAGGAGCAGGUGGCGCACUGCCAGUUCUCCGUGUGGUACCCGCUCUUCAAAUCCGUCACCAUCCGCAGUGUUAUACUUCCCCUGCCAGAGAAUGUGAAAGAAUAUUUGCUGGAUGAUGGAACACUGGUGGUUUCUGGAAGAGAAGAUCCACCAAGUCAUGCUCAGGAAGGGAGUGAUGAUGCAGAGGAGAUACAGUGGUCGGAUGAUGAGAACACUACAACACUUAAGGCACCAGAAUUUCCCGAGUUCACAGCUAAAGUUCAGGAAGCAAUAAUUUCCUUGGGUGGCAGUGUUUUUCCUAAACUCAACUGGAGUGCUCCAAGGGAUGCCUACUGGAUAGCAAUGAACAGCUCUCUGAAAUGUAAAGCUCUCAGUGACAUCUUCCUCCUCUUCAAGAGUUCAGACUUCAUAACUCGUGACCUCACUCAGCCAUUUAUUCACUGUACUGAUGAUUCCCCUGAUCCUUCCUUGAACUAUGAGCUUGUUCUUCGCAAAUGGUGUGAAUUAAUCCCUGGUGCAGAAUUCAGAUGCUUUGUCAAAGAAAACAAGCUUUUAGGUAUAUCACAGAGGGACUACACUCAGUACUACGAUCACAUCUCUAAGCAGCAUGAGGAGAUCUGUAGGUCCAUACAGGAGUUUUUCAAGAAACACAUACAGUAUAAAUUCUUGGAUGAAGACUUUGUUUUUGAUGUGUACAGAGACAGCAGGGGUAAGAUUUGGUUAAUAGAUUUUAACCCAUUUGGUGAAGUAACAGACUCCCUGCUCUUUACAUGGGAAGAACUCACUUCUGGAAAAAACUUGAAAGGAGACCAGAGUGAAGGGGAAGCAACAGAACAGGAUUAUCCAGUGUUCCGUUGUACAAACAGCAAAGUCACUGUCCAGCCCAGUCCCUACCUGAGCUACCGACUGCCCAAGGACUUCGUGGACCUUUCCACAGGAGAGGAUGUUCACAAACUGAUUGACUUUCUUAAACUGAAAAGAAAUCAGCAAGAUGAUGACUGAGGUACCCAGAAGCAUUACACUGAAUUACAAGCAAGAAAUGGGCAAAAGCUGUGUUUAGCAUAACUAUUAAACUAUUGAUUUAAAGAAAACCUGCUUUUUAUAGUCAGUGAAAGAACUGAAGAGCUGUUCAUCCUCUGUUGGUUUAUAGAAACGUGUAGGGAAGCUUCUUCAGGGAAACACAAAAGGUCAGGGUGAGUUCUCACUGGAUUCCAGGUGCAAAGAAACAACAGCCUGAGUGCAGCUGAACAACUGCUUUCCAUUUUUCACAAUGUGAAGAUUGAUGCCACUGAGCUACGCCUUUGGACUCCCCAGUGUAAAUAUGGCAACAUGUAACGCUUGUGCAGUAAGAACAUGGAGAAUUCUCUGAAUUUAGGCUUAAUAUGUAGUCACAAAGAAAAAGGAAUGUACAUUUUUAUCUGGAGUAACCUUUUAAAAUUGUAAAUUGAUUUUGUUUGGGAACACUUCUCAUCCUUUAUGUUAAAAAAAAAAUAAAAAAAUGGAGAAGGGAUUUUUUCUUUGUUACAAGGGCUAAUAUUUCAUUUCAGAGAACAGCUAUAGCUAUAGUAGACUACUUAAGGUUUGAAAAUUUUACAUAUUGGGAAUUUAAAAUUCUGAAUGCAUUUGAAAUAAAGUAGUAUUUUCACAGUCGCUAAAGCAACGAAACUCAUUUAACUUCACCAAAUUUCAUUUCAUUUUCAUAGUAAAGCUUUCUUGAAACCUGUUUUUUAACAUGAUUGCAUACUAGACAUCAUCUGUUACUUUAAUAUACAUAAUUAACAUCAACCUAUAAUUUUAUAUGCAGACUCAGUCUUGUUUCUUUUGUGUCACAUCUCUGAGUUUCUUAUGGAAGCAAUUAUUCUUUCAGCUCUUAAAAUUCUAUAUUCAUUUGGUACUUCAUGUUUUUUGUAUAAAGGGAAACUUGGCUAAAUCUGGGGAAACAGAAGCUCUUGUUACCAAUUGCUGUUGUUUGGGAGGUGGGGGAGGACAGUGUUAGGUGAAUCAUCAGCUGACUUUUGGAUAUAGGUGUUUGUAUGGCAUCAGUAAUUUAUUAACAGUGUGCAGAGUUCCCACUGAAGCAAAAGGACAUUUGAAGGAGUUCGUAACCCCUGGAAAUUGGUUCCUAUUUCAGACCAGUUAUGUGAUACUCUGUGUGUAUAAAACUGUUUGUGUUUCUUUGCCUUGCUUUUACUGUCAGAUUGGAAUGGUGCUUGGUUACAAUCUGUUCUUGGAUGUUAAAUCUGAGCUAAGUUGUUAAAUUAUUACUUACUGUCUUUAUUUAGCUUCACUUUUGAAUGAAAACUUACUCGAGUUAAAGAUUGUGCAGAUUAAGAAUCCACACAUUGAUGAAACAUCGCAGAUGAAAGCUGGAGUCAGAACAGGUUUGCCCUGCGUUUGAAGCAUUGGAACCUGCUACUCAAUAGCUUUUUGUAUUCAAAUUAGAUGAUCAUUAUCUCAGGGCUGGGCUAUACCUAAUCUUGCCAUACUGAAGGAUUUUGGAUGAAUGUUUCCCACCCUCAUCAGAGGGAUAAUUUGAGUAUAAAUGUCUCUCAAUCGGGUGGGAACCUCAAAGUGUAAAAAAUUAACAAAGCUUCUCUUUGUUUUGAAGUUUCUGGCCGUAACUUAAAGUGUUGUGAUGAUCUAACCACAUUUCCUUUACACAGGUGAUGCCCUGGAACUUCCAAUAGAUUCAUAAAGGCUUCUAAACUACUGAGGGUUGUCUUUAAAAACACAAUGUCUUCCUUUAAAGCUGGAAGAUAGUUUCCCACCUCUUUCAGGUGUGCUUCACAAAUUUAUUUACAACUUUCUCAGCUGUCUUUGCUGAACGUUCACCAGAAUAUAUUUGGUGUUGGGACCUGUUUACUGGGACCCAGUGCACUCUGGAGUGCCCCUUUAGGUGGGUAGGCUGGAGUUUUUCUCUUCUGUGAAGUGCUGACAGAUGCCCAGUCUGAAUUCACAGGCUGCUCAGCCAGGCUGUCCAACACUGAUCAUGAACUGCUGUUUAGAGUUGCAGGAACUGCUUCCUUUGGGCUUAGUUGUAGUGAAGAACCAUAAAAGGUAGCAGAGCAAAAAUACUGGUUCCCGUGUUCAGAACUGGUCCAGAAAAAAUCCCCAAUAUAAAAAUAUGAUCUACAGGAUCAGGUCCCCAAAAAUACCAUAUCCUUACAGUUUAAAUACAUAAUUGUAGAUGUACUUUGCUUUUUUUGCCAACUUCAGGUAACCAGACAGUGAAUUUUAUUUGUCUGUUAAAUUAAAGAUUCCUCUUCUAAAAGAAUUUUCACUUUAUAUGUCCUUUUGAUCUUCUAGGAAAAUUAACAAACAUACUCCCUUUGGGGAGCUUAGGGAGCUAAUGUUGAUAGAUUAAAAAUGCUUCAGAUCAAUUUUAUACUGAAUAGUACAUGACACUCUUCUGUUCCACCAAAAAAGCAGUUUCUGCCUCUAGCCAUCAUACACAGAAAUUUGAAAAUACAAAUUUCCAGUGUUCAGGUCUUUUUUCAUGGGAUUCAGUUAUUGCUAUUUGCUGAGUAAGGGCCAGCUAUAUACUAUAUAUUCUUAAUUAUAUGCUUUAAAUACAGUGUAAAGAUGCUUGCAGUCUCAUCUAGAUGACAAACAGAAGUUUUAGAGGGAGGUAACAAGCAGUCAUUUUAUACAUUUUAUACAUUUUAUGCCUGCCAAGCCCUGCAGAAGUCUGGCUGUGUCUUAUGGCUCCAACAGUGAGAUUCAGUUUUUGGGCUUCAGCUCUGCCAGGAGUGCCAAGGAAAAGUCCUCAUUGUUUCAGAGCCAAUACUUGUGCUGUUUAUUCUCCCAGAUGGGUAGUGGGGAUCAGGAUUCCUGUAACCCCAUAAGUGGCAGUUGUUAACAUGUCCUGACUUAAUUCAGGAUUUGGAGUAACACUCCUGUCCUGGGCUUCAGGCUGUCCUUCAGACUGUCCAUGCUGUUUCUUCUCUUUUGACUCUUCUUUCUCCAGUGCUGUCCAUGUCUUUCCUCAUCCCUCAGCCUCUUCUUUGGAUAAGUAUUAAGAUCAGAAUUGGUAGCAGUAGCAGCAUGGAUAAUAUUGAUCUGAAUUUUAAAACCUCCCUCUAUCACUUUUCCCUCCUCUUACAAAGGCAUGUUUUUGAGUGGUGCUCUAUAAUACCUAAACAAAACCCCUAAACUCUAAAAGUAGGGGAGUAAUAUCCAGGUCCAAGUCUCAGUAAAAUUGGUAGCACUUGUUGGAUACUGAUCACAGAUUGUAAAACUCCACAUAACUGCAUCUGACACCCUUAGCUAGAAAUCUCAUCUAUCUCAUUGUUAUGUACUCACUUGUUGUUCAUGUCCAGGAUGGAGAGAAAAGGUAGCCUGUGAGAUGCAGUUCAGGUGCUAUUUGAGCAGCAGAAACCCUUAGACACUCCUGGUUUCAGGCUUUCAGGUGAGUAUUGCCAGGUGAAAGGACUCUAAAUCAGAUCAGUGGCAGUGUGGAGAUGGGUAAUAGCACCACACAAACAUAUGUAAAAAUCCUUUUGUACCUUUGUGCAUGUCUGAGCUCAGCUUUCACAAGCUGUUCUAAAUUUGAAGUGUCAAAUAGUCAAGAGAGGAGCACAGGGUGUUUGUCUGUGAGCAUAAAUAGGCAAAUCAGCUUGGCAACUGGUAAUUGAUUUCAACCUUAGAGGCCAAAAAUUAUCAAUUCUGGUUGUGUUUGGACACGUUACAUUUUGAACAUUUCUUCAAGAAAUAGUAUUGGACUAAAAUACGUAUUUUUGGCCAAGAGAAGAUGGACCUGAAAUGUAACACAGAAACAGACCAUGGUGCUUUUGGUUCAUGAAGGACACUUGGUAACACUGAUGUUUAGAACCUUAAUAAAUCUACUUUAGCAAAAACUCGUCUGGGUGUGGAAUUAA